GGGUUUAUAGGCCAUGUAAAAGGACAAAAUAAAAAAGAGAAGAAAAACAGAGCUUCAUAUUUGCAUAUUUGUGGGGAUAAAAUUCAAGAAAAAUGGAGAAGAGUAUGUUAGGUGAUGUGGGUUCUCUUUCUGAAGCUGACCAACUUAGAAUGACUGCUAUGAUUGAUCAGCUUCAAGUUCGUGACAGCUUGAGAAUGUAUAAUUCCCUGGUGGAGAGAUGUUUCACGGACUGCGUAGACAAUUUCAGGUCAAAAAAAUUAGAUAAACAAGAGGAAACCUGUGUUACGCGAUGUGCUGAGAAGUUCUUGAAGCAUUCGAUGCGUGUUGGUUUGAGGUUUGCGGAGCUUAACCAAGGUGCAGCAACACAAGAUUAAGAUGAUUCUGUUGUAUGCAUGCAGUCCAAACUUUUUACCUGAAGUAUUUAUUUUCUUAUAUGAGUUUCUUGACAAGGAAAAGGAGCAGGAGUUCCUAACACAGCCUUCAUAUUCUUUUUGUUUUCACACAUUUCCUAACAAGAGGUAUUACUGAAAUGUUCUUUUUUGCUUCUCAAAUCGAGGAAUAUUUGGAGUCAGAAUGAGUUUUAGUGAACUUGAAUCUAGUCUCGUGACUAUGUUGA